AAGAAAGGAAAAGCAACGGUGACGAGGAAGAUGCAGUACAGAGGUGAAGGAGUUAAUUAAAUCGGUGGUGGCAAGUGGGAACGGAAACUUACCUUACUCUUCUCUCGCACAUCCAAAGAGGGAAAAAGGGAACCACCACGUUCCAUUCCAUUCACCACCCUUUCUCUCUUCUCACUUCCCAAAUCAAAUCUGAAUCGCCAAAUCCAACACAUUCACAAAUCAUUUUCAUCACUCUCUCUUGAGUUCUGCUGUGCAUGGCUAUUGCUGCAGCAGCUGUCGUCGUGCCAUUGGGUCUCCUCUUCUUCGCUUCCGGCCUCCUUGUUAAUCUCAUUCAGGCGAUAUGCUAUGUUGUAUUAAGGCCGGUGUCAAAGAAUUUGUACCGACGGAUCAACCGGGUUGUAGCGGAAUUGUUGUGGCUGGAGCUUGUAUGGCUUAUUGACUGGUGGGCAGGAGUUAAGGUCCAAAUAUUCACAGAUCAUGAAACCUUUCGUUUAAUGGGUAAAGAGCAUGCGCUUGUGAUAAGCAAUCACAGAAGUGACAUUGAUUGGCUUGUUGGAUGGGUUUCAGCUCAGCGUUCAGGUUGCCUUGGCAGCACUCUAGCUGUGAUGAAGAAAUCUUCAAAGUUUCUGCCGGUCAUUGGCUGGUCAAUGUGGUUUUCUGAGUAUCUUUUUCUGGAGAGAAGUUGGGCCAAAGAUGAAAGCACAUUAAAGUUAGGCAUCCAACGACUGAGUGAUUAUCCUCUUCCCUUUUGGUUGGCUCUCUUUGUAGAAGGAACACGCUUUACACAGGCCAAACUAUUAGCUGCUCAGGAAUACGCAACUUCCACUGGAUUGCCUGUUCCUAGAAAUGUUUUAAUUCCAAGAACUAAGGGUUUUGUUUCUGCAGUAAGUCAUAUGCGCUCAUUUGUUCCUGCUAUUUAUGAUGUAACAGUAGCUGUCCCAAAGAAUUCCCCCGCUCCUACAAUGCUAAGGCUCUUCAAAGGGAAACCUUCAGUGGUGCAUGUUCACAUCAAGCGGCAUUUAAUGAAGGAAAUGCCAGAAACAGAUGAGGCCGUUGCUCAAUGGUGUCGAGAUAUAUUUGUGGCCAAGGAUGCUCUAUUAGACAAACAUAUGGCCGAGGAUACGUUUAGUGACAAAGAGCUGCAGGAUGCUGGUCGACCAAUAAAGUCUCUUCUGGUAGUGAUAUCUUGGGCCUGUCUAAUUGUUGCGGGGUUUCUAAAGUUCUUACAACGGUCUUCGCUACUAUCUUCAUGGAAGGGUGUUGCAUUCUCAGCUUUUGGUUUGGCAGUGGUUACUGCACUUAUGCAAAUUUUGAUUCAAUUCUCGCAGUCAGAGCGUUCAAACCCAACUAAGAUCGCCCCUGUUCAGUCAAAAAACAAGGGGGAACAACUAGAGGCUAGGAAUGACAAGCAACAGUAGAUUAUUCUCUUGUUACCCCGACCCAAGUUUUCCAUACAGAGACAGGGACAGGGACUUCAUAUACGAUCAUGUUUUGACGAGCUUAAAGUAGCAUUGUAUGAUGAGUUACUCACGUAAUACUCAUUAUUUUGAUUUCAAAAUGUGACUACGCUAUGUUUCUAUUCUAUACAUGUAGUGUAUGCUUAACUAUCCAUUGUUUUUUAAUUUAUCAGGAUAACCUUUUGGCC